UCUCUCUCUCUCUCUCUCUCUCUCUCUCUCUCCCUUAUCUUCUCCGGGAAUGGUGGGCGUUUUCCGGCGAUCUCUCUCUUUCCCGAACAAACCAAAUACCGGCCGUCCAUUUCCUCCGCCGUCGAAGCCUCGGAUAUCCCAUCACACUAGAUCCAUCAGUCUCCCCUGCCGAUCUCAUCCCCUCAUCUCCCACAUCAACCAUGAGAUUUCUCAGCUCAAAUCAUGGUCCUCCUUCUCCGCCGGAUUCAGCUGCACCUCCGCCUGGAUCUCCGACGGUCUCAGCCUACUCAAGGACGUCCACGAGACUCUCUCAGACAUUCUCCACCUCCCGCAGUCGCAGGAAUCGCUCCGAAAACGCCCGAUCUUCUUCGAGAACCUUCUAGAAGAUCUCCUCCGAUUCGUCGACGCCUACGGAAUUUUCCAGACCUCCAUCCUAUCACUCCGCGAGCACAAUUCCGCCGCCCAGGUCGCUCUCAGGAAGAGAGACGACGCCAAGAUCUCGUACUACCUAAAAUCUCGCCAAAAUAUCGCGCGGGAUAUCGCGAGGCUGACGUCAUCGAUCCGCGAGCCAAAGACGAAGCAGGAGUACUGCUGCCACGUCGGCGGGGUCGGAUCGUACGCGGACGCUGAGCUGGCGUCCGCCAUAGGUGACGUCAUCGAGGUAACGGUCUCCGUCUCCGUCGCUCUCUUUGACGGCGUCUACUUCCCGCUCCGUCAAGCCAGAACGACGCCGUUCGUCGGAUUUCUGAAGAGGUCGGAGAAGAAGGAGAGGAAGGACGAAGGAAUAGAGGAGAUGAAGAAGGUGGAUGAGAAGAGCUUGGUUGGAUUGAGGAAGAAGAAAGAUGAAGAAGUGAAGAACUUGAUGAAGAGGAUGGCGGAGUUGGAGAAUUCGAUGUGUGAGAUAGAAUGUGGGAGCGAGAAAGUGUUUAGGAGCUUGAUUAACACUAGGGUUUCCUUGCUCAAUGCCUUAACCCAUUAACUAAUCACUCUUAUUUUCUUCCGCUUAAUUUCUGUAUCAUUUUUUGGUUUAUUUGUGUUUGUUUUCAAUAAAUGGAUUUAUU